GGCUAUAUCGAAAUGAAACCGGCCUGUCCGCCGGAAAAUAUCUGAGAACACUGAACGCAUUCGAACGCUCCGCACGUAGGCCUGGCCGAAAAAUCCGCCGUACUCACCGAUCGAGUAUCUCGAAUGUAUGUAUAAGGGCAGUCGCGAGAUGAUUUUGGUUAAUGAUUUCUUUCAACCCUCGUUAAAAAAAAAUAAAUAUUAAAAUUAAUUCAAUUCAAAAUACCAGCAGAGGCGCAAAAAACGAAGAAAAAAAAUAAAAAAAAAUGUGAAUUGAAAAUUUAAAUGUGCUGCAAAUUAAAUUCAAGUGCUGCCGACGUCGCUGCUCGGGCGACAGCAAAUUGCAGAUCGCAAUAAAUUAAAACAAUAAAAGGCAGCAGUGAACAGUGAAUAAAAAAUACGAAAUACGAAAAAAAUUAAGAAAGCAACAAAAACAACAAAAUAAAUUUAAAAAAAAAAGUCAACAACGAGACUGAGAAAUCUACAUAAAUGAUGUCGUUGUUGCUGUUGUCGUUCGUGUGGCGGUUGACAAACAGCGCGAAAAGUACUCGGUGCCAAAAAAGCGAGUGAACAAACAACAAAAGAACAAAUAACAAAUAAAUAAAUACAUUAUACAAACAAAAAAAAGCAUAAAACUUAAGAAACCAAAACGGAAACCCUGUAAAACCGAAACAAAACAGAGAGACUACACUGAAUAAAAAAAAUGGUUGGCAAAGUCUUGGGCAUCAAAGACUUGGAGCAGUUCAGCAGCCGGCGCAGCAGUGUCUACGUCGAUCCCGAGUGCGACAAGUUCUUCGAGCUGCCCCUCUUCAUAGCGGCCAGCUCGAACGACAUAACCACCAAAUGCCAGUGCUGGCAGUUCAGUCCAGGCAAAGAGCCGGCACUGCGCUCUCACACCGAAAUCCAACAACUCCUGCAGCAGGGCAAGAAACGUGACGUGAAGAACAUACUCAGGGAGAACUCGUGGCCCAUCAACUCCCCCAUCCGAUCCCAGCUAUGGCCGACACUCUGCGGCCAACACCAGACAAAGCAGCAAAUGCUAGAUGGCUUCUACUGGGAGAUGGUUCACCAGGUCUUUGGCACCACGGAGCUCUCGGAGAAGCCGAUCAUGCUGCCCGCCUUUGUGGAUGCCACCCACUGUUUGCCGUAUCACUUGACCAGCACGGGCAGGGCCGUCGCCGAUCGCAUUGUGAAUGUGCUGGGCUACGACUGUCCCGAUAUUACCUAUAGUCCAGUAUUGUAUCCCAUUACAUCGAUACUUUUGCAUUUCAUGUCGGAGGAGGAGGCGUACAUUUGUUUGGCCGGACUGGUGGGCAGCAAGGAGAAGGUAUUCAUCAAUCAAACCAAACUACAGCACGAGGUCACCUGGAAGACGGUGAUGCAGAUAGCCAAAAAGCACACGAAAAGUGCGAUUUCAUAUUUCCAACGUAUUUGCCCGGGCCUGAAGCUGGAACGCGUGUUUAUGGACUGGUGCUGGUGGAUUCUAGCGGGCCUACCCUUCCAGCAUCUGGUGCGGAUAAUGGACUGCUAUUUCCAUGAGGGCAUCAAGGUCCUGUACCGUGUGGCUCUCGUCAUACUCAAUCUGUUUCACAAGGAGUGCCAGUCGAACAACGAAUGGAGUCCGGAUAAUAUUAAAAACGACAUUGGCAAUGCGCUGAUCAAGUUCUGCAAGAAGAUACCAGUGUCGCCGGCGAAGCUGCUCCAUGCCGCUUUUAGUAUUAGGGGACUCAGUACCCAGUAUAUUUCUAGAAUAUUUAUCAAGACUGAAAUGCUAUUAAAAAGCCGUUCCGUGCUCAACAGCGGUUCGAAGCAAUUAAUCAAAUCGCGUUCAAGUGAUAAUCUGCCCACUAGUCAGUCGCAGGUCAACAUCCAAAUGAUGUCGCACACCUUGACCAUCCGCGAGAAGCUGCACUCCGAGAGCUGUCGCAAUUUGGGCGAAAAGUCGCCGGGUCAUAGAGCCAUCGCGAUGGGCGUCUAUCCCAUACACAAUCUGAAAAGUCAAGUUUGUACGAACGAAGAUCUAUUUACGCUGUGGUCCUGGCUGCCCGUGAGGAUAACAAUGUACCAACCGGUGCUGCUCUACACCACCGAGGAGCACGGCUGCUCACUGACCACCUUCUAUGUCCGGGUGGAGCAGCACGAGCCCACGCUGCUCAUGAUUAAGACGUGCAAUAAUGAGGUAUUUGGUGCCUAUUGCUCCUCCCGCUGGUUCGAACGAAAUGUUAAAGAUGACAAGGGCCAGCGACAGGCCUACUUUGGCACCGGCGAAACCUUCUUGUUCUCACUGUAUCCCGAGCGAGCCAAGUACCCGUGGGUGGGAAUCGAGGGCGACAAGGAUCUGGGACACAGUUCCGAGCUGUUCAUGGCGGCCGAUUCCAAGAUGAUAACCAUCGGUGGAGGAGAGGGUCAAGCCAUUUGGAUGGACGAGAACAUACGAUUCGGCAAGACGGACAGCUGCAAGACUUUCAACAAUCCGCCGCUUUGUCCGUCGGGCGACUUUGAGAUCCGGGUGCUGGAGGUCUACGGCUUUGUUGGCAUCUAAAAUACCCCCCUUCCGCUACUUCAGUCUGACCGAUAUUGCCCGCCGAUGAUCAAGUGCUCAGUCAACCUGCUCGACCUCCCCCCGCGUUUCCAUCAACCCACUCAAUACCCAUCAGAAUGCUUUCGCUUCCGCAGCUAUUGGCGGAUGCUGAUGAUGAUGAUACCAAGAUGAUUAAAUGUGUAAACAUUUAUUAAAAAAAAAAAAAAAAGAAAAAAAAACAAUUAUUUAUAAAUAUGUAUCGAAAGUGGCCAAGCAUCGCCGUCGUCGUGUUAAUGUUAAAUGUGUUUAUGAAGAAUAACAACUAAAAGCAAACAAACUAAAACAAAAUUAUAUAUUAUAUAAUGGAAAUACUCUGUGAGUUCAUGUUUCAAAACGCAAAGCUUUGAAAUUACAAUACACUAGUUGUUAUAACCCCUUUACAUAUAUAUUAUAUAUACAUAAUAUCUAUACAACUACAUAUAUACAUAAUGAAUUACUAUAAAGUGUAUAUCUAAAUGUAAAUCGUAUUUCUAUAGCCAUAUAUCGCAGCAAAGAAACAAAAAAACAAAAAAUGAACUAUUCCUUAAACGAACGCAGAAAAAUAACAACAAAAAACCUAGGCUGCGAUUGAUUUUUGUUUAUUAGAGUUAAUGUUUCGUUUAGUUUAUAAAUAUGUAUGUAUUUUUUUCUUUCUGCAAACCAAAUUUACUGACUUGACUGAAUUCGUUAUUAAUAUGUUAUUAAUAUUAUUAUUGCUAUGUGUAUAGAAAGUGUAACUUGUAAAUUUCAUUGAAAACCGAAUGUUUAUUUGGAAUUUGUCUCCCAUUGGUCGCAAAACAAACAAAAAAUAUACCUAUAGUUAAAGCAUUAA